GAAUUAUAAUUAUAAAAACGGUCGGGAGUUUGAAAUAAUGGAGAUGUGACCUCUGGGAAGAAAAGUCUGCUCACACAGCAAACACUGAUACAUGUUCAGUGUACAUACUAUUGCACACAUCGCCGCCGUGUAACAGAGCUCUGAGCAUUAUGGCAUCUCGGCUGUGGUUGUGCUUGACGAUCAUCGCCACCGUAGCUCGAGCUCAAACCACCACCGAUCCAGCUGAAGCGCGAGUUAUACAUGCAAUGUUCAGCCACUGGGGGAUACCAGAAAGUGCAGCAACAACGAGGGGAUGGAACCUAAGCGGAGACCCAUGCACCGGCGCCGCCGUCGACUCUACCAACUUCAAUGACGGUAAUUACAAUCCCGGUAUCAAAUGCAACUGUAAUUUCCCGAAUUCUACUUGCCACAUCACUGCACUGAAAGUUUAUGCAUUGGAUGCUAGGGGCACAAUCCCUGAAGGACUCUGGACUUUGUUUAACCUUACUAUUAUUAAUUUGGCCCAGAACUACUUGACAGGUCCCUUGUCACCUUCCAUUGGCAAUUUAACUCAAAUGCAAUACAUAACUAUCAGCAUCAAUGCAUUAUCAGGGCAGGUUCCACGAGAGAUAGGACAGCUUACGGAUCUUAGAUUACUCUCAUUUAGCGGAAACAAUUUCAAUGGUUCUCUGCCACCUGAAAUUGGAAAUUUGAGAGAAUUACAACAAAUUUACAUUGAUAGUUCUGGAGUUACUGGUGAAAUACCUCCUUCAUUUGCUAAUUUACGGAACUUGCAGACAGUAUGGGCUUCUGAUAAUGGAUUCACAGGCAGAAUACCGGAGUUUAUAGGGAAUUGGUCACAGUUACAAGCAUUGAGGUUUGAGGGAAACUCUUUUGAAGGUUCAAUACCAUCUUCAUUUUCUAGACUGGCCUCUUUGCAGGAGUUGAGGAUAAGUGGUUUAUCUAAUGGAAAUCUGGAUUUUAUUCAGAAUUUGAAGUCCCUUAGUGUUCUAAUGUUGAGGAAUAACAAACUUUCUGGCUCUAUUCCAAAUGACAUAGGUGAACAUGUCAACUUGACACUACUGGAUUUGAGUUUCAACAAUUUGAGUGGGGUGAUUCCAAGAGGAUUGUUCAACUUGAGUCAAAUGUCUUUCUUGUUUCUUGGAAACAACAGUUUAACCGGUACCCUUCCCAAUGCAAAGAGCACAACUCUCCGCAAUAUUGAUUUGUCAUACAAUGAACUAUCUGGGACACUUCCUUCUUGGGCUAUUGACCCAACCUUACAAGUUAACAUAGUUUCGAACAACUUCACUUUGAACAAUUCGGGAUUAAAUUGUCUCCAAAGGGGUUUCCCUUGUGGUCGUGGAUCGCCAAUGUAUAGUGACUUUGGAAUCAACUGUGGUGGUCCACGGAUUACAUCCUCAAGUCGUUUAGUCCAUGAGCAAGAUAACGGACAACUGGGGCCCGCAACAUACUAUUUGACUCCCGAAAGUAGGUGGGGUGUCAGCAAUGUGGGACGAAGGGACAACCCUGUGGAUAUUGUGUCCUCCCAACGCCAAUUCACAAACACUUUAGAUUCAGAACUCUACCAAACAGCAAGACUCUCUGCUGGAUCUUUAAGAUAUUACGGUUUAGCCCUUGAGAAUGGUAACUACACUGUAAACCUCCGCUUCGCAGAACUUGAGAUUGAAGAUGGUCUCACUUGGAGAAGCCUUGGAAGGCGUGUAUUUGACAUUUAUGUCCAGGGAAACAUGGUGAUUCAAGAUUUUGAUAUAAAAAGGGAAGCAGGGGGAGCUUCAAAUAGACCUGUUACGAGGGAAGUGAUAGUUGAGGUUUCAAAUAACUAUCUUGAAGUACAUUUGUUUUGGGCUGGAAAAGGGACUUGUUGUAUACCUACUCAAGGAACUUUUGGACCUCUUAUAUCAGCAAUCAGUGCUACCCCAAAUUUUAUCCCUAGUGUGAGCAAUAAUCCACCUUCCAACAAGAAGAAUAAUAAUACCGGUUUGAUUGUAGGGAUUUUGGUUCCGAUUGUAGUUGUGAGUUUUUUGGUGUUAUUAGCCCUGUAUAUUCUUCGUCAGCGAAGGAAAAAGAAGAAUAAUGAUGACAAUUAUGAUGAAGAGUUUCUGGGAAUUGAGGCGAGACCAUAUACCUUUAGUUAUGAAGAACUGAGAGAUGCAACAAAUGAUUUUAGUCCUGCAAAUAAACUUGGUGAGGGUGGUUUUGGACCCGUUUACAAGGGAACACUUGCUGAUGGGAGAGUAAUAGCUGUUAAACAACUAUCGAUAGCUUCCCAACACGGUAGGAGUCAAUUUGUUGCAGAAAUUGCUACAAUAUCCGCAGUCCAACACCGUAACCUCGUGAAAUUAUACGGAUGCUGCAUCGAUGGAGCAAAACGACUUCUUGUCUAUGAGUAUCAUGAAAACAAGAGCCUCGAUCAAGCAUUAUUCGGAAGCAACAAAUUGUCGCUUAUAUGGUCCACCCGUUUUGACAUAUUAAUGGGCUUAGCACGGGGUCUCACGUAUCUCCAUGAGGAAUCUCGCAUACGGAUUAUACACAGAGAUGUGAAAUCCAGCAAUGUUUUGCUUGAUUCUGAUAUGAACCCUAAGAUAUCAGAUUUUGGUCUGGCCAAACUUUAUGAUGACAAGAAAACACACAUGAGUACUCGUGUUGCAGGCACAAUUGGGUAUCUGGCACCAGAGUACGCAAUGCUUGGACACCUCACGGAAAAGGCUGAUGUGUUUGGGUUUGGAGUUGUGGCUUUAGAGAUUGUCAGCGGAAGGUCCAAUUCUGAUUCAUUUUCUGAAGAUGAGAAAAUACAUCUCCUUGAAUGGUCAUGGAACCUACACGAAGGGAACCGAGAACUCGAAUUAGUGGAUGAGGAAUUGUCUGAAUUUGAUGAAAAUGAAGUGAAAAGAGUAAUAAGAGUUGCCCUUUUAUGCACGCAAACUUCGCCAACAUAUCGACCACCAAUGUCGCGUGUGGUGGCCAUGAUUUCGGGUGAUGUUGAAGCAAGUGGUGAAAUUACACGGCCUGAGUACUUGACGCGGUUAAAAUUUGAUGAUGCUGCAAUUUUUAAGAGUUCGGUUCAAAAUUCGGUUAGUGAUGGUGUGACAAGUACGAGUAACUCGACUGUUUCACCAUGCACACCAAAUGAUAUUUCUCGACCGAUGCUUAGUGAGUUUAUUGGAGAAGGUAGGUGA